AUGGCGAGCGAAGCUUCAUGGUCUUGCGACGCCAACGAUGCGGUUCACAUUACCAUUGUUCAACCGGGCGACAAGAAGCCAAAGACGUUAUCGGCGUUUCACCCCCAGUUUACCUAUCCCAUCUUUGGUGACGAGGAACAGAUUUUCGGCUACCGGGGGUUGAUCAUCCGCUUGCGCUUUGCGGCUCAUGAUAUGCGCCCUCAUGUUCACAUUUCUUACGACGAAAAGUUCAAGACCAUCGGCGAUACGGAGGCUCUGAACUUGCUCGACACCUUGAAACCGUUUGUUCAGGAAGAGGCUUUUGCCAAUCUUCCGGACUACGAGAAAGCCGUUCAGAAUGACUCUGACGCCAAAGACUUCAAGCCCCCAGGCGAAUUUGUCAUCGGAUACGAUGUGGACGAUAGAAAAUAUGAGAUCUGGGCCGGAUCACUCUCAGACCCUGCAGUGCGCAAGAUCCUGGAUCGCAUGCAGGUUCUCGUUUCUCUUUUCAUUGAAGCUGGAACUCCCCUAGAAACCGACGAUCCAGAGUGGACGCUUGAUAGGUGGAUGGUGUACUUCGUGUAUGAGAAGGUGACACCUCCUACCCCGACAGCCUCGUCGUAUUCGAUCGUCGGAUAUGCCACAACAUACCGCUACUGGUACUAUCACCGAGAUCAGACCCAAACCCCCGAGGUAAAGGACUAUGAAUUCCCGGUACCAGAAGUCAACAUCGCCGCACUUCCAGCCCGCAUCCGAAUUGCCCAAUUCCUCAUUCUUCCUUCACACCACCGCGCCGGUCACGGUACCCACUUAUAUACCACAAUUCAUGCUGCAUGCAUCGCAGACCCAACGAUCCUGGAGCUCACAGUGGAAGACCCCAAUGAGCAGUUCGACGCUCUUCGUGACACGGCCGAUUACUGUCUGCUGCGACCUGAGUUCCUGAAACAUAACGUGAAUCUCAACCCCGACCCUCACGGGGCAUUCUCUCAGAAGAAGCGUCCUCGCAAUGUGCCCACUUCCGCCCUCAUCCCUACCAAACUCCUCACCGACAUUCGGAAAUCAUUCAAAAUUGAAUCUACUCAGUUCGCGCACAUCCUGGAGAUGUACCUUCUCGGCCAGAUUCCCAAGAGCCACCGUCUGGCCGGUGGUACCAACCUCACGCGACUCUUGAUCAAGAAGUACAAGGCUGAGAACGAGGAGGAUCGGCGCUAUUACUGGUGGCGCAUGCUGACCAAGCAGCGUCUUUUCAAGAAGCACAAAGAGCUUCUGAGUGAAUUAGAGCUCCUUGAUCGUGUGGAGAAGCUCGAUGCCACAGUUCAAAAUGUGGAGGAGGGUUACGAGCUUACGCUAGAUGCUCUCGAAGGCCGAUUGCCGGACGAGGAAUCAAACGAGGAGACAGAUGUUCCCACCGGGAGCCGGGACAAGCGUGUCAAGCGCAAGCUCACGGUCGAGGAUGACGAGGAUGAAGAUGACCACGCAGAGCUGGCCAAGCGACCAAAGGUUUGA